AUGACUCUCAAAUACAGAUUACAGCAGAGUACUGACCUCGAUGCAUUCGAUGAUCAGUCUGCCGCUCCCGGUAAUGCAGAGGGAUUGACGAUUGGAACUGCUCGACGUGGACCUGCAGGUUCGUCGGGUGCAGCGCAAUUCAAGGAAAUACGAAAAGAGGCUUUGGAGGGCGUCAGACGACGGGCUGAAAGUACAAAGGGUAGUGGGAAGCUGAAUGGCAAGGUUGGAGUUAUUACGGGUGUAGGGCCUGAAAGUGGAAUUGGGACUGCUGCUGCAAAAUUGUUUACUAGAGAGGGUGCAAAACACCUAUAUCUGAUAGAUUACGAUGAUACCGCAUUACCAAACCUCAAGAAAUGGUUGGAGAGUACAUAUCCAUCUACCAAGGUUACAAUCCUCAAAGCCGAUGCAGCUUCCCCAUCUACAAUAUCCAACCUCAUCUCUCAGGUUAUUGAAGAAAAUGGUCAUUUAGAUUUUUUCUUUGCCAAUGCCGGUGUAUCUCAAAUCAGACCUAGAAACACUACGCCAGAUAUUGAUGAGAAGGAAUUUGAUGAGGUUAUGAGGAUAAAUGCUUUGGGAGUUUUCAUAGCUAUCAAGUACGCUUCGGAAGCUAUGAAGAUCGUAUCGCCUGAGAAAGGUAAAAAAGUCCCCGGUGGAAGUAUAAUAUUGACCGCUUCGAUCGCUGGACUAAAAGCCAAUGCUGGUCCAAUCCCCUAUUCAGCUUCGAAAGCAGCUGUAGUCUCAAUGGCUCAGACCUCCGCGUACGAUUUGGCAGGAUAUAACAUCAGAGUAAACGCUUUGUGUCCUGGGCUGAUCGAGACCGACAUGACUAGAGGGAUGUUCACACUGGCCGAAGCGGCUGGUAAAUCGGAUAAGAUGGGUGUAUUGAACCCGGCUCAUAGACAAGGCUUGGGAUCUGAGGUAGCUCAGGUAGCUCUGUUCUUAGCUUCUGACGAUUCAUCAUACGUUAAUGGACAAGCUAUACCGAUAGAUGGAGGACUGACAGCAGGCGUACCAUACGCCAAGAUGAAGUUGUAG